AGCGAGCUGCGACAAGGGCGUCAAGUUUUUGAUGCAUGCUUUUCUUCACUGCAGUUUCUGUUUCGUUUUCUCCGCGUUCCGCAUCUCUUUCCGGCUACCGCAGAUACGCGUCGGCCGAGCGCGAGCCCCGCCGAUAACGACUCGAAAGAGCCGAGAAUACGACACGGGCAUUCCACGGACGACUGCUGCUAGGACAAGCUUCUGGAAUCCAACAGAACGCGUUUUUCGUUUCACGCUAUCAUCCCUGGCCUUGGCGAGCGCAACUUCUGACAUCAGCAGCCGGCGUUCAAGGGGAAGAGGAACUGGAGCAAAAGGUUGUCACCGGAAGUACACUCACCUUGCACUUCCUCGGCGAGGAGAUGACCGCUGGCUGGCCGACGACGACGCGCGUCGCAAGAUCGUGGCGUCUGCGAGGUAAACAAACCCGUUCGCUCGCGUCCGCACGCCGCCCAAUUCUUUGAUCGGGAGUGGCCGCCCCGACCAACCGGACCGGCGCGUCGCUAUGCUGGCCGCGACGACGCCGAGCCCGCCGAACGGCGGUGCGUACUCGCCACCGGCCGCGGCGUCAACGAUCCGAAUGGACGGCUUCAGGACGAUGGACGACAUCGUCGAAGUGGACGCGGUGUCCGAGUCGCUGUCCUUCUCGCGCUGGGACAAGGCGGUGCUCGUGUUCUCCAUGCUGACCGCGAUCGGCGACGUCUUCGUCGACGCCUGGGUCGCUUACAAGUAUCUGCAGCACGGCAAGUUGGUCUACUUCGCGCUGACGCUCGUGUUCAUUCUCGUGCCGUCGUGGAUCGUCACAUGGAUCAGCCUCAAGUGGUGCCUCAUCCAGACGCGCCACCCCGAGUACGACCAGUACAGGCAGCGGACGUGGCUGGCCGUCGUGCUUCAUGUCUUCCAGCUCGCCAUCGUGUACAGGUACCUGAGUGCAUUGAUCUUCGGCAACAAGAGCCAGAACAAGUCACGCACAAAGACAGACCGUCGCAUCUACUACCAGCUUAUGUUGUGGGAGGACAACGACGCCUCCAUUCUGCGUCUUGUCGAGUCCUUCCUCGAGUCGGUGCCGCAGCUGAUGCUGCAAGUCUACAUUCUCACAACCACUCCAGAUCCUUCUUCGCGGUCACUAGUGCUGGCACAGGUGGUGUCAGUGGCGGUUGGCACGGCAUCGGUGGCCUGGUCGCUGGUGGCUUACGUACGGACGCUGCGCUUCUCGCUGGAGGACUCGCCCAACGUCUCCUGGCUGGGCACCCUAGUCUGCUACUGCUGGCGUUUGAUGGUGCUCAUGCCCCGGAUGACGGCGCUCACCCUGUUCUCGUCGGUGUUCCACUGGGCGCUCUUCAUCGUCUGCGGUGUUCGCUGGCUGCUCAUGUAUGCCUGGCUCAUCAAGUUUGUGCGCAUAGGCCAGUACGACAGCAGGAGUGACAAGCUGUGUUUCAAGGCGGUGCUGGCAGCCGUGUACAUCUUCUGCUUUGUCGACCUGGCACCUGGCAACCGCCGGUUCCGUUAUGCCUUCUUUUAUGCCUUCACCUUUGGCGAGAACGCCCUGCUGCUCGGACUGUGGUACCACUACAAGCAGGGCAGCCACUGGUACGAGACGGUUGCGAUCCUGGGCAGCUUCUGCAGUUUCUGCAUGGGCGUGGUCUUCCUGGUCAUUUACUACCUUCUGCUGCACCCGAACGCUUCCAGCAUUGUGCAGCCCGAGAUGCGAGACGUGAACACCCGCUGCGGUUACACGUCUGACGGGUUGGAGGACUCGCCGGUGGACACGCCCAGUGCGGAGCACAGGUCGCCCCCCGUGUCCUUCUCGCCGACGUCGCUCCCAACGGGGAGUCGUCGGAGACGUCCUUCUACGAGAGCGGCGACUCGCCGUGCUCCGUUCCGGGCUUCAAAGUGACGGCCGUCUGACACACGGCCAAGUCCUCCUCCGGAGGAGGCGACGACUCUGUAAUGCCUGCAUACUCGCCACACGAUUCAAGAGUUUGUGAGUCCAGUCAAGUGGGAACGAACUUUGCAGACGUGCUCUGAAAUCGCGAGUGCACACAGUGUGAUGUGGACUGCGGAGCAGAGGUUGUUGGCUUCCCUGUCAUGCGAGACGCAGGUCAAAGAAAGCCUCACGAAACAGAAGAGAAGUUGCGAAAGCACGCAGCUCCCUAGAGCAGGAUGUGUUGACGUUUGCCAACGAGAUUAUUGGCUGCACUUUUGAAGGAGGCUGGCGUGGCUGCAGUUGGUAAUGGUCUAUGAAUCGAUCGGUCGCUGAUAAUUUAUGCUGUGCAUAUAACUAAGGACUGGACAUUGAGCUGAGAAAAGUGAGGCUUCAAAGUUGCUAGCACAGAAGGGGAAUGACGUCUGAAAUGCCUCUGUCGUCAUUACACGACUCUCAAGUUAGUAUACAUGUUGCGCGGUUGUCUUGCAAGCAUGACUCAAACUUCAAGCCAGCUUUAUGCGUUAUUUCAGCGACUGAAAGUGGUACAAUGAAGAUUGUGUCAGAUUGGCUACACCAUCAUGAAGAAGCUUAGAACUGUGCUCAACUAUGAAGUUGUAGGGUUAUUGCAGGUAGUUCGGAAACUUUAGAAGCACUGCGCACAACUUGAGAACUGCAUGACCAGUUAGGUUAUGAGGAACUUUGGUCAUGUGCAUGCUGAAAGUCAGAAGGUUAUGUUGGUUUGUUGGCUUACAGGGAAGUAAUUGAUCAGUACUGUUAUGGGGGGGGGGGACCAGGCUUCUGCACCUGACGUGCCACUCGUGGUGUCCGAAGCCAUCCUAAUAGGGCAGAAAUGGGGCUCAUUUGUUGGAAAAUGAUUCUGUGUAUUUUAACAACAGGCUGUUGGUACUUGUAACGGACAGUACCCCUGAAAAAUAGGCACAAAUCACAUGGGGGGAUGCCCUCUCAGGUGAUUUAUGUCGAUUUCUUGCGCUACUUUCUGUUACAAGUAUGUCUUGCUCACUAUUGUACACUAGGCUAUGAAAAAGUUUUGCUAGGCUGUUAGUAGUAUUAGUAUGUGCGAUGAUAUUUUCUUAGAAACCAUAGUUGAAUUUGGUUUUCUAGACUAUUUCUCGUAGCCACUCAUUUGCUUCCAAGUCAUGACCUAGGAUGAGCUGAACCAAACUCCUUAAAAAAAAGAAUUCGCAUUGAGAACACCUUAUUUAACUAUUAUGAACUUAUCUGUUUGCGUUAGUACUUGUGAUAUGAGUGACAGGGUUAGUUCCCAGGUGGAAAGUGUUUAAGUAGGCGGGAUUCUUUCUCUCCAGUUGGAUAUCGGCUAUCCUAGUUCAGCCCUGUGUAAGCGUGAGUGAUGCUGGUACGUGCUGUACUUCCAAGAAAGUGGCCAAGCUUUCAGUAUGCAACCGUAAUGUUGUGACUCUGGAAGGGUACCAGGCUGUAUAUGGCCUACAAGGCCAGCAGGGUCAAAUAUAUAGUAAAGCAUAAAUACUAGUUACCACUAGCUGUGACGGCUGAAUGAGGCUAAGGUGAACAUCAUUCUGACAUUUCCUACUCACACACACAUUCAUCCUGCCAUUUGGCAUAUAUUUGGAAAGCUUUUGUGGUGCUCAAUACUGCGUAUCGUACUUUGACUUAUGGUCACAGCCAGCAGAAGUUUGCAUGGGUUUAGUGUGUGUGAUUCCAACUGCAUCAGCCACGCUGUAUAGUACUUGCCAAUUCUUCAAAGUUUUUUAUGUGUAUCACGCAGUACAGAUUUUUGCCAGUCUUUGCCGAAGUCAUGCAUCCAGCUCCAUAUUUGUUCGAAUGACACCAUUCAAGUAAGUUAUGAGUGUAAAUUUUGUAUUUGAAGUUGAAAUGACUGGUUUCAUUGAAGUGGCUAGGUUUUUUAAAGAAGCUUGAGAAGUCGAGGAUGCAUUUCCAGAACAUGGCAAGUGUGGUUAGAGAGAGCACUUGUUCAUAACCUUCGUUACGUCUGUUGUCACAGGAAGCAGAAAGAGCUUGCAGAUCCGCAUUUUAAGGAUCUGUACAAAUUAAAGGCCUCGCAGAAUGCACCGAUACUGAUUUUGUGGAAAUCUGUGCAUAAGUAUGGUGUUCCUUUGAAGUUGGGGAAUCGCACAGGUUAACCUGAUUCCAAGAAGUGUCCAGCAAAUCUAACCUGUGUAAUCUUUGCGGCCAUUAUCCGUGAUUGCUGGGUGACGACCUGUGAACUCUGUCUUUCAAGAUCGCUGCAUCCUAGUUGGGCCUGAAAAGUUGACUUAGAAACUGCAGGAAAGUUAUGAGUGGUUUCAUUUGGUGCUCACAAUGUCCCGUUGAUCAACCAAGCACUCGUCAGACAGAGGCGUGUCAUGUUAUUCAUUUUCUAUUUGAAACAAAAUGUGCUCUUUUCAUUGAUAUGUCACCAUAGCAAGAAUGUCACAAUUUUGUAAGGCUGCUCGAAAUAUUUUGUGAGCGAGCUGACUAGAACAAGGUCAUUUGUACUGUGUGUACUCUUUUUCUUUAUGCCUCCUGGAAUUAAGCUUUUAGCCUGGUCAUGUUAGAUUAAGUUAUGGUAACUAGGUUCUUAGCCUUCACUUGCUCAGAGUGUAGAUCAAGAGCUAAGAGGCCAUUUUUGCAUAUGGUUGUGCUCCUAAAUAGGCAGCUACCUUUCACAUAAUGGUAUCGUCCUAAAACUUGAACUGUGUACAAGAGGUCAGUGCAUUGUGUGUUAUUGUCCGUGUUUCGAGUGUGUCUUGUUGACAAACAAAACCUUUGUGGUGCCUGGUUGUCAAACCUUGGCGGUGUUUGUCACGCUUGAUAUAGCAAUCUGUGCUUUUAUCCCGGAGGUGCUAAGUAUAUAUUGUGCAUCUGCUACUGAUGUGUCGGCACUCAAAUAUGUUUGUUCCACAAUCUUAUCUCGUAGCCUACAUCAUUUGGUUUGGGCACCUGUCUUGUUUGACCAGCAAAAAAAAGAACUUUUCACACCUGACCAUCAGUAGAUUGUUGGUGCUAUCUGCUGGCCAAGCCAGAUUGCCACUGCUACUGGCACUCAUUGUUUUGUUUAGCCUUACAGAAGAUGUCAGCAGCAAUCUGCUUUUCUCAAAGACUUCUUUUUGCCAUUGGAUAGAUGCACAGAGAGCUGUGGCUUUUUAAAGUGACUAACAGUUCAGUGUUCGCUGCGUGGUUAUCAGGUUUUCCCUGUGUUCCUUAUAGCCCGGUCACUCACCGAUUUUCAGUGAUCAUUGGAAUCUAAGGCCAUUGAAAUCCAGUAGCCUCAUUGGCUCCUUCGUGCAAGAUCAUGAAAAGGAGCCAAUGGGGUUAUGGAUGCAUAAUAAGAAUGCUUGUUUGACAGAAGUGCAGUCUGAGUGUAAUGAAUUUUCAAGUAUAACAAAGUAAAUCUAAAAUGUCUUGUGACGAUAUCUGUGUGUAGCGAACAUAUUCAGUAACAUAACAGGAUCGGGGCCGAAACAGCUAUUCACUGUGAGUGGCUCUGUAAACAGUAACAUUUGCACAAAUCGGUUGUUUUUCUUUUUCUUUUUUUGUCGGAAGAACCAGACAAGUGUUGGCACUAAACGCUCCAUGUAGGCUACAAAGUGAAAUUCUGGAGCAAAAUUUGAGUGUCAGCAGAUCAGCAGUAAACACAAAAUAUGCUUUGUUGGGGAGAAACGCAAGGAUUCUAAUCAUGGAUUCUAAUGCGUGGAGACUUUAAUUGUCUCAGAAAUCUGACAGUAUUUGACCGUUCCACCAUGGGCUGCCCAUAACAGAUGAAUGUUGUAUGCCUAUGUGAUGACUGUCUCUGAUUAACAAAGAUAGGGGAUUUGAGAUUAUACAGUUUUUUUGCUGACCAAGCUGGCAGAUAUCAGAAUUUACUUGAUAAUUGUCAAUGUAAUUAUUAAAUAAUAUUUCACUGGUUACCUUUUAAUAACAACUUUAGGGCCAUGUUGUAGCUGCAAUCAGCCAGUACUAAAUGCAUAAUGUUUUGCUAGAGAUUUUGUGCCUAGCUCUAGUAUAAAAAACAAAAAUAGAAAAUAAAACCUACUUAAAAUGUACUGCACUGUGCAUUGCUUUUACAGUUAGGUUUCCUUUAGUUAGGUACCUCCUUAUUUAUUUACAGUAUACUGCAGGCCCUACUCAGGGUCCUUGCAGCAGUAUCAUCAAAAAAGGUUUCAUAACAAGCACUGCUGUAUAAUAGAAGAACAGUAGCGCAUCGUAAAACAUGACCAAAGUUGCCUUUACACAAACAGCAACAAGCUAACAGUGACCACAAUACUCUGUAUGAAAUACUGCAGCAAUCGCCAAACAGGCGAGUACCAGAAACAGCAACAACAAAAAUUUUUGCCAUGAGCAAGCAAUCUACGAAAUGUUGAUUACCAGCAAUGCAUUUCACUGCAUAAUAAUUGUAUCGGUGAUUAUAGCACAGAUGCUAGUGAAGCUUGGUCAGUCAAAGUUAUAAUAUUGCCUUGGGUACCCUAUUUUUAAUAAUCCGAGACAGGCAUUGCAGGAAUGGGCUGUCUAUUCUUCUUCACUGUCGUACACCAGAUGCAUCUCCAAGGCUGUUUUCCUUUUUCCUUUUCUUGACCAUGUUCUAACAUUUUUAUCCUAGACAGCACAUGUCACUUUUGCAUGUGCCAUGUUUUCAAACCUUAUGUGUCACUUUUCAGCUUGUCAUUGCCUUCUGAUGCCAUUUCUAUGGACAUGUGAUGGUUAGCUUACCUCUUGUAAGCUGCCGUCACAGAUUUUGCGCUAGCAUGUCCUGGUGCAAAUAUGUGUGAGUGGCAGGGUCUGUUGAUUGUUCCCUGUCAAUUGGGACAUACUGUAUUCCUUUCAUGGCAUGCUGCUUGUCAUUGAUCAAUUACUUCAUGUUACUGUAAGUUAGCGUAACGAACGCUCUAGUUGUACGCAUAACGCCCAUUUCUGUGUACUAUUUGUCGCAAAGUUUUCCGGGCUUAGUUGCUCACAGCUAAACUAAACAUGACCCAGCAUACGGUGGCAACCAUAUAGAAUAAUAUCUGUGGUGUGGCAUCGUCCAUUGACACUGCGUCUAUUCAUGCCGCGCAGCAGUCACACUGCGAUGACAACUGAAGUGCGUACCAUGGGGUAUUCACUUUAAUCUGUAACUUACAUCGAGCUAAUUUCGGUAAAGAUAACUGUGCAGUCAUCACAUAGUGUAAAAUAAGUGCACUGACACCUUGCUGAGGAUAUGUUCAACAUAGUUGCUGCUUUAGGCCGUGAUGGAGAUAAGUGAUGAUUACCAGCAGCGUUAAGUGGGUAAUCCACUUUAGUGCCUAAGUUCCUUUUGCACUUUUUGCCAUCGCAGGAGGAUAUUGAGCAUGUAGUGUCAGCAUUUAUCUUGCCUCUCUCUUGGUGGCUCAACCAAUUACCGUAAUGCACCAUGGUCACAUGACGGCCCCGAUCGGACCCACAUGUAAGGCAUGCAGCUGCCAAAGUUGUAAGAGAUGAAGGCAUGGUAUGGGUUUAGCAUUUCAGAUGGAGGUGAUGAGUAUCAGGCCAUGGGUUUGCAGUUUCCCGAGAUUCUUACAAGAGUCUCAGUAAAAAGUCCCAAUAACAUUAGAUCAGCCCCAUACCAGGAGUUGCAGCACUGCCACACGACUUUACGACCAUUCUUGGCCAUGGACGCUCUGGCCAGGAAAUUUUUGCGACAAAAAGUAUGUCUCAGUGCCGUUAUGAAGCGUUACCAUUUGUACGUAAAACAUGUGGCGUGCUAUUUUCAUCACAUGUUGUAAUCCUGUACUGAUGUUCCUUUUAAUGUGUUUCACCCGUAGACCCUUUGACUGUCCCUGAUGGAUUAUCAAUUUCACCUUCAUGCACUGAUUCUCAAGAUCCAUCAGAGAUUCUGUUUGCUGCUGAAUCUGGGAUAGCAUGGGGGAUGUGUUUUAUUGCAUGUUUCUUAUCUUUUGUCAGAAUCAAGCUAAUGAACUUGAAAGGGUCAAGGCCUAUUUCUUGGCAUCCUACUCUCAGUCACUGCCAACAAAUUCUACAGGACAAAGUCAUGCUAAAGUAGGUAAUUAGAUUUUAUUGUUUAGGUGAUACGUAUGCUGUUAUGAGUGCGAGAUGUUGCUACAAUAAAAGAUGAUAGAAGAGAACACUUUACACAGCAGUAGCUCAUAACCACAGCCACAUUUAGCUUUAGCUAAUUAACAAUGUAUCUUCAGGGUUUGCUACUGUUUGUGCAUAGUGUACAAAUUUGUCGAUCAGUGUUGCUGCUCGGCUAGGUUAAGAAUGUUUGGCUAAUGCAUAGCUGGCUCACACUUUGUGCACAAGAGUUAACAUGCUAGGUGAUUGUGUCUAAAGCGUUGUUCGGGUGUUUACCGCCUAAGUGUGAGGAUCCAUUAUUGUUUAGAGCGUGCCAAACUUGGUUUGCCAUGACAGUGUCACAAAAAGUGCUUAAGUUGUUGUGGAGCCACCUGGCUUCCUUGUUCACAGAGCUGCAAAACGAGAUUGUAGUGACAGCUGUCAAAGGGACAGAUAUCGAGAUUGAACAACAGAGUUCAGUUGAAUUAAAGACUCCCCCUUUAUUUUAUAACCAGGGUUGCAUCUCGCUUGUCAUUCUGGCAGAUGCGAAAAGAAGUUUCUUCUUGCAUACCUUUCUCGCAUUACGUUAAGAAAUGUGGCUGCGUCAGUGCUCAGUCAUUGCUAAAAUUCAUCUGCGAGAAUCUCGUUUUGCUCAAGUGUUACAUGAUAUAAAGAGGUAGUUAGCAAUGGUUAAGUAGUUAGCUUAAAAUUCAAGCAAGGUUGGAAAGAAGUUGGUGGUGUAGUGGGUAAUACCGACGGAGAGUGUGCUAGUUUUAGGGUUCAAGCCAUCUCCGUGCAUUCAAACCCAGAAUUAAACAUGUAUCUUUCGUGGUCCUGUGAUCUGCUGCAUGUGUAGUUCCGAGGGGACAGGGUAUUUCAUUAUGUAUAGGCUGCAGCACAUUUGGGACGAUGACACACGAAAAACAACACUCCAGAAGGUUCUGGUUACCACAUACAUACUGGUGGGUUAGUUGGUUGCUCAUUAGGGUUAUGCGCAGGGCACUUAGGACGUGGACACCAGAUGGUGCUGCAUAACAUACAGUACUGGUAGGCUUAGUUACUUGCUGUUACGUGGACGCGAAGCACAUUUGGAAUGUUUACAAUUAAAGGAUGCACCAGAGGACUCUGCUUAACACUCCGUAGUGAGCGAGUUGGUUGCUUACCAUCUCAGACGCAGUUUCAUCAUGUUGUGGAAGCUACAGGCAGUUUGUAACCUGGUGCACCUUGGCACCCUGGGCUAAAUCUUCCUGUUUACAUGGUUUCCAUGGCAACUGAGCCCAUCGCUGCAAACUGUCAUUCUUCUCCACCGAAUAUCCCUUCGCCACUGUUCUUCCUCUACGAUCACUUCCUAGUUCUCUUGUUCAUGUGAUGUUAUCUGGCUGCCUAUUUGUGUUGGUGCCAGUUGGAGAAGUUUCUCCACCCGAAUAUUUAUUUCUCCAUGAGUCUUCUGGCUCUUGCAGUAGUAGCUUAUGCCUCAUACAGAACCAAUUCGUAGGUUCUGACAAAUUUUUGAAAAACAGUUUCAAUUUAAUUUUUCAACCCCUUUAAGUGCCACUCAGAGAUUAGGGACAUUAAAUGUUUUGAAAAUGACACUUUUCCUUAUUGCAAAUCUGAGUAUAAAAUUUGUUGUAGAUUCAAAAUGCAUACAUCAUGCCGGUACUUGUGAGCAACAUUUCCUGUGAAAAAUUGAAAAUACAAGACCUCCAUCUCAGAAGUCUUAUCAGUGCCCUGUUAUCAAAAGCCACUGGUUUUCUGUUAUCCAGCACCAAGCCGUCCAAAGGCUAGACGGUUAGGUUAUCCAAUAGCAGUGCUAUUGUGUUGGUUCUGACAAUUGCCAGGAUAUUUCACCUGUUUCCCUCUUAGAGGCAAAAGAGGUAGUUCGAAAAUGGUAUCAGAAUAAGAUGCAAGAACUUGCCUCAUUGCCUACAUUAAAAGAUCUGUAAUGGAUUGUGAUAUUGACUCAGGACUAGUCCUGGCAGUCGCUGUGAAAAAUUAUCGGGACGAGUAAGGCUCACUUUUGGCACUUAAGGGGUUAAGCGACACGGUGUGGAGGGUAUCUCACAUCUUACUGAACCUUUGCGUCUUGUUCUCUUUGUCGAAUAUUUAUUGGCUUUUAACCACGCCAGUCAUUUAGCACAGUAAGUCCUCUAAUAAACUUCGUUCUUCUAGUCAUAUGUGAACAAUUGAUGCCUUCUUUUUUUUUUUUUUGCAAAUUAAAAGCAAAGAGCAGACACAGUUUGCUUACAACAAAUGCCCAUCCUUUUUUUUUUUUUUCAGAAUAUUGUGUAGGCAUGAUACAUAUAUAUUGAUGAUGUUACUGAAGUAUGUGAUUUGCAUUGUGAGUUUGUGGUAGUUACACAUGGAGCAUAACAUUCUUUUAGUCAGCAAAUAGCUCUUCAUUGGCUUACACGCCAAUUCUUUGCCUCUCUAUUGGUCUACCUUGUUGCAUGUUUUGUGCCAAUGCAACAAACCUUUGCUCAUAUUUAGCUCUUGUCAUUUAAGCAUGCUGACAGUUUGUGGCUCAAUAUAGCCUGAUCGCAAAGCUCAUUAUUUACUUCGUAAACACUGAGUUUUGUAUAUUCAAAGCAGUGCUUUGAGAGAGACCCAUCUGAGCUAAGAGACAGUCUUUUCAAGGCUUGCUUCUUUUAUUACGUCAUCUGUGAUUCCACUACAUUCCAUUUGGUGAAGCAGAGCUGUUUUACAGACAGAUACAUUGGUCACUGUUGUGCUCAGGUUUGUCUCAAUAGUGUGCAUAGUCAUAUAUCGCCCAUCUGUGAACUCCAUAAAACACGCCGUGAAUGACAAUUCACUAUGUUCGUACAGCUGUUGAUUGUGGGUUUUGAAAGGUGCGUUUGGCUGCUGUGUUGGAGCAAAAGUUUGAUCCGAGCGGCGUAUGACGUAUCUCUGCAUUUCGGAGGCAGUUCAUGAAGCACUGGUAUACACUGGCACACGCUCAUGUAGUCAUAAUGCACAACAUUCCAGUCAGGGUACUUGCUUGAGAGUGAAGUGGCAGUGUCUUUUUGUUAUUGAGAAGUACGGUGCUUUGUUUAGCUGCAUAGUUUUAAAGUGCAUGUCCAACUAGACAUGUCAGUGGUUUCCUGCUGGAUUUAAUUAAAGAGAGAAGGCAAGACUG